AUGAGCCAGAGGAGCGAGACCCCUGCUUUCGGCAGAUAUCUUUCUUGCGAUGCGGCUGCUGCCACCAUCCUGAGAGAGGACGGGCAGGAGUCCUGUGCCCUGACUCCGGGGCCCAGCCCGCUGGCCCUCAAGUUCCUGCCCAGCAAGCCGGGUGCCCGGCCCCAGCCCGAGGGUGCCAGCUGGGAUGCGGGGCCGGGUGGGACCCCCUCAGCCUGGGCAGACCCAGCGGAGGGUGGCCCAAGCCCAGCACUCCUCCCCGAGGGCCUGCGCCCCCAGGCUCGGCCCCCCGAGGCUCCUCUCCCGGCCACCCUGGAGCCCCGGAUUGUGAUGGGCGAGGAGACGUGCCAGGCCCUUCCGUGGCCCAGGGCAGCCCGGCCGGUGCUCAGGGACCAGGAGGGUGGGCACGUAAGCCCGAGCCCACCCCCCGAGUUGUAUUCUCAGGGCGAGCCUUCUGUGCCUUCCCCUCCCCCAGACCUUGACUCCUACUUCACGCCUCCCUCCAGCCCCCCCAAGACCACCUACGCCCUGGCCCCUGGCCGAGGGCCCCCCAGGGACGCCUGGGACCCGGAGGUUGAGCUGCUGGAUGAGCUGCUGGACUCGCCCCCCGCCUCACCCUCGGGCUCCUACAUCACGGCUGACGGGGACAGCUGGGCCUCGUCACCCUCCUGCUCGCUCGGCCUGCUGGCCCCAGCUGAAGGGCUGGACUUCCCCUCGGGCUGGGGCUUGUCUCCCCCGGGGUCCGUCGCAGAUGAGCAAGAGCUGCGCCCCGCUGGGCCCCUGGGGGCCCCGUCCCCUGAGUCCAGCUUCUCUGCAGACAGCAGCUCCUCCUGGGGCCAGGAGGGCCACUUCUUUGACCUGGACUUCCUGGCCAAUGACCCGAUGAUUCCUGCAGCCCUCCUGCCCUUCCGGGGCAGCCUCAUCUUCCAGGUGGAGGCAGUGGAGGUGACGCCUCGGCCCCCAGAAGAGGAAGAGGAGGAGGAGGAGGCAGCCUCGGGCUCUGGCCCAGAGGGGGACCUGGCCGGGGAGAGUGAGGAGGACAGCACGUCGGCCUCCUUCCUGCAGUCGCUGUCCGACCUGUCCAUCACGGAGGGCAUGGACGAGGCCUUCGCCUUCCGGGACGACACCUCGGCGGCCUCCUCCGACUCGGACUCGGCCUCCUACGCGGGGGCAGACGACGAGAGGCUGUACAGCGGGGAGCCCCAUGCCCAGCCCACGCUGCUUCAGGACAGCGUCCAGAAGACGGAGGAGCGUGCUGCUGGGGCCGCGGGGCCGCAGGUUCAGGUCUCGGAAGGAAGAGGAGAGGCUCCGCUCGCCCAAAGCCCGAACUCGACGGCGGACAUAGCGGAGGAGGGCCCUGCUUCAGGCCAGGAGCCCGCUGCCACUGUGACCCCUCCCACUGUGCAGGCAGCCCCAGGCCCCCGGGUGGAGGCUGCUACCGACAUGACCCCUCAGGCCGGGGAGAAGGAAGCUGGACAGGCGCCUGCGGCAGGGGCAGCGCCUCCGUCCUCCCCAGGGGGCACACUCCAUGUUCUAGGCAAGGAGCCUGUCGCUGCAGAAAUGCCUCCAACUCUGCAGGAGGAAGCAAGCCUCACGCUGCAUCCAGACUCGCCUCAGAACUCAAAGGAAGAAGCAGGGCCACACCUCCCCUCAGGCCCGAAGCCUGUGGCUGCAGGCACCCCGGUGCCCCAGCAGGCUGAAGACAGUCUCGCUUUGCCCCAGGACCCUGCUAUGACAGCGCCUCUGUCCCUGCAAGUCACAAGCCCCUCCCCAGGCCGGGAGCCCGUGGUGGCUGCGGCCCCCUCUCAGGCCCUGCAGACAGAAGAAGCAGGCUGCGCCCCAGGGACUGAGCCCGUGGCCUCCACGGCCCAGCAGGAAGUAGGUGUGGCCUUAGGACUGAGGCCAGCACCCGAGGAGAGGGAUGUAGUGCUCCCUGGAGCCCCAGAGCCUCCCGCUUUGGACCAGGUUCAGCAGGAUGACCAAGAGCCAGCAGUAGACGCUGGGACGCCUCGGGCUUCCCAGGAAGAUGCAGGCCCCACCGUAGGCAUGGAGGCUUCUGAUCUUCCAGAGUCUGCCUCUGGUUCCAGGGAGGAAGGAGCCGCCGAGGGCCUUUCUGUGCCCAAGAGGGAAGCUUGUCUGGAAGCCCAAGGGCACACAGGUGAUGGGACUGAGCCCCACUCACCCGCAAAGGAGGCGCUGGGGGCUGAGAACCAGAGGGGAGGAGGCCUGGAGCCACCAGCACAGGGACAUGGACCCGGGUCAGCACCCCAAGGUGCAGGGGAGAUUCCCCAGAGGCAACCUGCUUCCUGCCCCAGGGCUGGCCGGGCAUCACCCCUGAGCCCAGCCAAGGAGGGAGGGGGCCCGAGCAGUGAGGUCAUCCUGGGGCCCAGGCUUCCCACGACAGUCGCUGCAGAGGCCUGCCCGGGCUCCUGCCCUGGAGAGCCUGCACCACCCGCCCAGUGGCUGGAUCCUGUGCUGAGCCUGGGCGGGGCUGAGCAGCUCCAGGUGGCACCCCGUGUGCUCGGCCCCUCCUUGCCACUGCCCCCAGAAAACCCUGCUCCGGCCCUGCCCAGCACACUCCAGGACAAGCCCCUGGGCCCUGACUCCUCUACCCCUGGUGUUCUUGCUGGGGCAGCCCCGCUCCUGCAGGAGUUCCCCGGCCUCUGCCUGUGCCAGGGUCCCUGGGAAGACCCCGUGCGGGACAAAGAGCCACAAGGCGCUCCGGGCCUCCCGCUGCCCCAGGCAGGAGCCCAGCCAGCCGCUGCCAUCUCAGGAACCACGCAGCCGCCAGGGGCUGGGCAGCAGGUCGGCCUCUCGCCCCACUCGCCCCUCCUCAGCCCCAAGGCAGUCCCCAGGGAUGCCAAAGACCUGGCCUUGCGGAUCUCUCUCCCCUGCCAAGUGCCUCCUCACUCUGGCCCUCGAAGCCCAGCCGGCCCUCAAGGGCUCCCAGCCCCGGAGCAGCCAGAGGACGAGGACAGCCUGGAGGAAGACUCACCGCGGGCCCCGGGCUCCGGCCACCACUCAGACAGCCACGGGGAGUCGUCGGCCGAGCUGGACGAGCAGGACAGCUCGGCUCCUCAGACCGCGCAGUGCCCAGCCCAGGCCCUGACAAGCGGCAGCGAGGAGACCAUCGCCAAAGCCAAGCAGAGUCGCAGCGAGAAAAAGGCCCGAAAGGCAAUGUCAAAGCUGGGCUUGCGGCAGAUUCAGGGAGUCACCAGGAUCACCAUCCAGAAGUCCAAGAACAUCCUCUUUGUCAUCGCCAAGCCUGAUGUCUUCAAGAGCCCAGCCUCAGACACUUAUGUGGUCUUUGGUGAGGCCAAGAUUGAGGACUUGUCCCAGCAAGUGCAUAAGGCUGCAGCCGAGAAGUUCAAGGUGCCCUCAGAGCCCUCGGUCCUUGUCCCCGAGUCAGCACCCAGGCCCCGGGCCAGGUUGGAGUGUGAGGAGGAGGAAGAGGAGGAGGAGGAGGUGGAUGAGGCAGGGCUGGAGCUGCGUGACAUCGAGCUGGUGAUGGCCCAGGCCAACGUGUCCAGGGCCAAGGCCGUGCGGGCCCUGAGAGAGAACCACAGCGACAUCGUCAACGCCAUCAUGGAACUGACCAUGUAGCCACUGACUGGAAGCUGGGUCCAUCCUGCCCUCCCCCUAGCUCUGCUGCUCAAUAAAUCUGUGUCCACCAUCA